CCCAGGACCCUGCAUUCACUAUAUCUGGUCUCCCCGGAACCUGCAUUCACUAUAUCCGGUCUCCCCGGACCCUGCAUUCACUAUAUCUGGUCUCCCAGGACCCUGCAUUCACUAUAUCCGGUCUCCCAGGACCCUGCAUUCACUAAAUCUGGUCUCCCUGGACCCUGCAUUUACUAUAUCUGGUCUCCCACAGUACGCAGAACAUGGAAAUACACCCCCCCAAAAAACAACUCCCUAACAAUAAACACCAAACUGAGCAUGUGCAAAGUGUCUCCACACCAUAUGUCUUAUCAGGAGAUAAGA